AUGCAAAUAACCAAUAUGAAUAUAAUUGAUACACAUUCACCAAUGCCAUCUCAUAGACCAUUUAAUUCUAAACAACAACAACAACAACAACAGCAACAACAACGUGAUGAGAGCAGUCUAGUCUUAAAAAUUAAACGUCAUACAACAAAAAAUGAACAUGAAAUUGUACGAAAUAAUGAAGAUGAGACGACAAAAACUUGUCUAUCAAGAACUGAUAAUAAUCCAGUAACGAAUAAAAUCGUCAAAAUUGAAAACGAUGAUUCGACUACGAGUACCACAACAGCACUAUCGUCAGAUGAUCGCGAAAAUAGAACUACUAGUCCUAGUCCUAAUACUACUAAUAAUACCGAUAAUAUCGCAGUAACAGCAUUAUCUCCAAUAACGGGAACCGUAUCAGAAAAAAAGAGUAAUCGUCUAAAAAAAGUAAAUAAUCCAUCGAAAACUACGAAAACGACAACAAUACUAAGACAAAAACGAUUACGUCGAAACGGUGCAACGGCUACGAAACGUUCUAUCUCGCCCGUAUUCGAUAUUAAAAGCCAAAAGCAACAAACGAAAACGAAGCUACAACGUCUGUCAAUCGAUAGUAAUAAUAAUUGUACAACGACAACGGAAAAUUGUUCAAAAAUUGAACAACAAACAAAAGAAACGAAAGGUACCCUUUCAAUGAAUAGCACUAAUAGCAAUACAUCGACAAAUCAUAAUAAUCAACAAGAAGACGUCGAGAACGAUGAAAGACAAACUCAGUUGCCACAUUCAAAACGUUUCAAAUAUGAUAAGUUACAAAAAGUGGAUGCCAGUGUUGAAACAGCAUCGAUUGGUGUCGUUACUGAACCGGAUAAUUUAGGUCCUUGUUCACCGGGAACAACUGUGGUUUUAGAAGGAAUUGUAUGGAAUGAAACUGACAGUGGUGUACUCGUUGUCAAUGUAACAUGGCGCGGAAAAACAUACGUUGGAACGUUGCUUGAUUCAACCAAACUCAACUGGGCAGCACCAAGAUUGACAUGUGAAUCUCCUACAGGUGAUUUUGAUACAAGAAGUAAAAAUGGACGAAACAAACGUGGAAAUCGUUGUUCAGCACCUCAACUUUUUCCAUCAAUAUCAAAUCCAUUACCAUCAAAUUCAUCGACGAUAGCAACAGGACUAUCUCUAUCAACAACUAAUAUCGAACAACCAACUGGUGAUAGAAAACUUCGUAAUAUAAAAUCGCGGCAAACAAAACGUAAUACAAUAACUUCCUCAACAACAACAACACUGAAUGAUCGUCGACAAUCGUUGAAUAACGAAACCACGGGUGCAUCAGCUGAUUUGAAUCCGACCAAUGAUAAUAGUAUUCUAUCAUCGUUAAACUCACCAUUCCGAACAAAUGCAACUACAACAAAUUUUUUCUUUGAAAAACGAUGUUUUCCUCCGAUUAAUAUCAGUAGUGAUAAUCAACUACGACCGAUAAAUGAUUCGAUUCAAACAAAUACAACCGAAUCGUUUCUAUCGUGUCAUAUUGAUAAUAUGUUUCGAUGUCCAGAAACCGAUUGUUAUAAACGUUACCCAUCUGUUAUAGCAUUACGUUAUCAUCUUGGUAAUGCGCAUGAUAAAAGUGAUUGGGAUUUGAAUAAUGAUAAUCUACCUCAAAAAUUAGAGUGUAUGGAAAAAAAGAAGGAUAAUACGAUUGAAGAAAUAAGUAAUUCAAUAGUUUUAAACGAAAAAGUGACAAUUAAAAAUAUAGUCGAAUGCGAUGAUAAAAUAAUUGACAUCAAAACAGAAAUACCUAUCAUUCAAGAAUAUCCACUUACAUCUCUAUUAAACAAUGUUAAUCAAAAAGAUAAUGAAUUAAUUGAUCAGAAACAUAGUACACACGAAGAAGACGUUGCACAUAUAUUAGCCAAUGUUGCCGAUUAUGUUCGUCCAUCAACGACAACCACACCCGUACCAUCAUCAAUCACUUUAAAUCAAAGUGAACAUUCACGUUCGCCACCACUUGUAUCAAUUAUGCCAUCAGUCUGUUCUAUAAAUAGGAUUAGUCCACCAUUACUAUCAUCUAUUUCACCAAACACAUCUCUUCCACAAACAACAUUAUCAUGGCCAAGUCCACAGUCAAAAAUAAUUUUAUCAUCUCCAAUGACAUCUGUUCUAUCAGAAAGUCCUUGUAUACAAAACUCUACAAGCAACUCAUUAUCUUCGCCACCAUUACCAACAAAACUAGUAUCAACCAUAUCCAACAACAACAACAACAAUAACAGGUUUGUAUAA